AAUUUACACGUGUCAAACGUAAGCUAUUUGUAAUUCUUACAAAUUCCAUUAAACGUGUUCGAACUGUGCUUAUAUGGACAAAUAAAUAGCAAUAUGUUUACAAAAAGACAUGAUUUCGAAUUCGAAACGGUUUUACGUUUGUGUAUUACAAAUUGAUCCUAAAAAUAACGUAUUCCAAAAGCUUAUUGCAUAGCGCAAAAUAUGGAACCGUAUAAAGCGUUUUUAAUAGAUUUUUUGGCCGGCGGUGUGUCCGCAGCUGUUUCAAAAACGGUAGUCGCACCCAUAGAAAGGGUGAAAUUAUUGCUUCAAGUACAAGCUACUUCGAAACAAAUACUUCCGGAAGAGAGAUACAAAGGUAUGAUCGAUGCAUUUAUCCGCAUACCCAAAGAAACUGGUUUCCUCAGUUAUUGGAGAGGCAAUCUAGCUAAUGUAAUACGAUAUUUUCCAACUCAAGCGUUGAAUUUUGCAUUUAAAGACAAAUUUAAAGCUAUAUUUUUGGAAGGCGUGCCGAAAGAUGCAUUUUGGAAGCAGUUCGCUGGAAAUUUGGCAUCUGGUGGAGCUGCUGGAGCCACAUCCCUAUUAUUUGUUUAUCCACUUGAUUUUGCACGUACAAGAUUGGCUGCAGAUAUUGGUAAGGCAGAUAAAAGAGAAUUUCAAGGUUUGGGUGACUGUUUAGUUAAGGUUUUCAAGUCAGAUGGCUUUAUUGGUCUAUAUCGCGGCUUCAGCGUCAGCGUUCAAGGAAUCAUUAUUUACAGGGCAGCAUACUUCGGUCUCUAUGACACUUCGAAAAACCUGCUACCCGAUCCAAAGAACAGUCCAUUGUAUAUUAACUUUUUAAUUGCACAGGUGGUAACGACAGUAGCUGGAAUUUUGUCAUAUCCUUUUGAUACAGUUAGAAGACGUAUGAUGAUGCAAUCAGGUCGUAGUAAAGCAGAGAUGAUGUAUAAAAACACAUUGGAUUGUUGGAUAAAAACAGCUAAAGCUGAAGGUAUCGGAGCAUUUUUUAAAGGCUCAGUUUCAAAUAUACUUCGAGGUACCGGUGGAGCAUUAGUUUUAACAUUCUAUGACGCAAUUCAAGAUGCAAUUGAAAAAGCAAUGAAAGAGAAAGGUUCAACUGGGAGUGAAAAAGUACCUGCAUCUAAAUGAUUCUUUUACAUUGGUUACUUGUAAUAUUAAUAU